ACGCGCUUUCAUUCAUUAUCAUCAUAUUCCCAACCAAAGCAGUCUUAACUAUAAAAGUGCUACAGCUGUGAAGACUUCAUUGAUAAAAAGGUUUAUAACAGUCGAAUCAAGGUAUGUACUAUAAUUAUAUAUAAACCCUUAGGAAAAUUUCACAUUAUGAAAAUGCCUUUUCAUAUGUAAACUGUUCCAUUUCCACAUUGAAAUUAAUUUUCGCAUUUUUAAUUUCACAUGUCAAAUAUUAAUUUAAUAUGUGAAAAUUCUAAAUUGCACAAUGUGAAAGGUUCGGAUUUGAAAUGUUCCAAUUCCACAUAAAAUUUCACCGAUGCAGUGAUAUGACAUGUGAAUUUUCCGUAAGGGUAAAUUUGGGUGAGCAAUUUUGUCUAGGUUUUAGCUAUAUAUAAUUUUACAUGCUUAUCUCGACAAUUCUAUUGUUCCAGUGUUUUGCCGUGCUUCGAAUAUACGCUGUAAUAUAUAUAAUAUAACAUAAUAUAGAAAAAACUUUAGGUCAAUAAGUCGUAUAUAAGCAAACUGCUCUCUCAACCAAAAUUCCUUAAAUUACUUCAUCCAUUAAGAUUUGAUAGCAUACAAAUAAUGAAUGUUUAUGAGUGCAAUGUCAAUGGUAAAAUUAUACAUAUGUGUAUAUAAAACUUACAAGUAUUUCUUUCCGUACAGAAAGAUGAAAGGCUUGGGAAGAAAAAUCGAUUUAGUUGCUCUGUUGUUGGUAUCAAUGAGGUACAGUGUAUGAUUCUUGGCAUAUGCAAUAUUUGGGUCAUUCUAAGAAAAAAAAUACUCAUCAUGCAUUGAAGCAAAUACCUUACUGUCAUAUUUGCCGGAUAUGAUAUAAUUAGAAGAAGAGCCUUCGCUCCUUGAGUUAAAUGCCCAAAAUCUUGACGGAGAAAUUAAGAAGGGCCCACGCUCUUGACGAAGGGCCUUCGCUCGAAACGUCGAGUUUCUGCUUAUUUUUUAAGGUAGUAAUACAAAUACUCAGCACAGCAUUUGCACAUUGGUACUACCAACACUGGUACAGACAGUUUUAGUAUAAUUAGGAGGGUGGAGGGGACGGGGGAGGACGCGUUCCUAUCACUUUUUAGAUAUUCCCAAUAUGUAAUCUAUAAUAAUUAUGCCUGUUCGUCCGGUCUACCACAUGAAUUCUUUAAAUUAAAUGGAUACUCGCUCUAGAGCUCAUGAAUUCUAUCCGGAAAAUUCUACAGUGAAAAAGUUCAUCAACUUGUUAACAACUUGUUAAGUAGAAACGAUGUCAGACUUGUAAACAAAAUACCUAGAAGUACAGUAUGAUGGAGUAAUUUUUAAAAAAUGUUAAACUAAUAUACGUCAUUUUCUUACCAUCAUAAUUCUGUAAAAUCUCUCAAAGGGCAUGAAAUGGCGUCCCAGAAACUAGUAAAUUUCAAACUUUUCUGGGGGAGUAUGCCCCCACCCCUAUAUAAGGAUCUCGCGCCUUUGGCACGCCAUAUUUGUGCCGUUGCACCGUUGUCCACAGACCCGCACAGGCCUGGUACGGUAGGAAUCGAACCUUGAGUGAAAUGCCCAAAAUCUUGACGGAGAAAUUGAAUAUUUUCAGUUCCGUAACAUUGGCCUCGAAAUUCGUGCCGUUCAUCAACAACAUGCUUCUGGGACGUACAUUUGAUUUCUCAAAAUCGGAAGUUGGGAAUGAUAUUAUAAGUGAAGCAGAACGAAAAAAGGCAUUCAAAGUUCAAAACGACAGAUCUGACAUUAAGUACAAGAUGAUAAGAAGUAGCCAAGAUGUUAGGGAUGUUCUCGAUGUCUCGGGACAGUUGUCCGUCAAAGUCAUGGCAGGAACGGUAAAUGUCGAAGGAAAAGGGUCGUAUCUGAAAAGCUCAGUUGAUAGCGAAAGUUCCGUUGAGGUGAUGGUACAAGUGUAUUAUAAAACGGUAUGUUUUUGUUUUGUAUAGGAAUGGCGCUUUGUACUGUCUCAAAAUUUAAUAGUUAUACAUAUUGAGACCAAAACAUGGAAACUGUUGAAACGUAUUUUAGACAAACAAUAGACCGAUUCACAUACAUUAUUGUUUAGGCUGUACCUGGUGAACGCCAUUUCAGGCAUUUUUAGCAACAGCUACAUUAAAUUAUUUUUUAUUAUAAUCUGUAUAAAUAAUUUCCAAGGGUACAAAUAAACUGUUGUUGUUGUUGUUGUUGUUGUUGUUGUUGUUGUUGUUGUUGUUGUUGUUGUUGUUGUUGUUGUUUGUUGUUGUUGCUGUUGCUGUUUUUGUUGCUGUUGCUGUUGCUGCUGCUGCUGUUGUUGUUGUUGUUGUUGUUGUUGUUGUUGUUGUUGUUGCUGUUUCUGUUUUUGUUGUUGUUGUUGUUGUUGUUGUUGCUGUUGCUGCUGUUGUUGUUGUUGCUGUUGUUGCUGUCGUUGUCGUUGUCGUUGUCGUUGUCGUUGUCGUUGUCGUUGUCGUUGUCGUUGUCGUUGUCGUUGUCGUUGUCGUUGUUGUUGUUGUUGUCGUUGUUGUUGCUGUCGUCGUCGUCGUUGCCGUUGUUGCCGUCAUUGUCGUUGCUGUAGUAAACCAACUUAUGAAUAUUUUAAAGGUAACCAAGACAUUACACGAUGGCAUGACACUGCUAAAUAAUUGGGAUUCAAAAGGGGUGACUGGACAGCAUUACAUCCGUAGCUUGGUGUAUGGUGGAUAUCUUAUUGCUUCAUUCAAAUAUCUUACCAGCAACGACGAAGAAAAAGAAGAUAUCAAAGCAUCUGUCAGUGUUGACGUGAAGACAGUCAAGGCGGAAGUCGGGGUUAAAGGAUUAUUUAGCAAACUUUCCAGUUUGUCUAAAAGUCAGUCAUCGUUGACCAUAACGUAUACAUCCAGUGUAAUUUCCGACAAAGUACCAGUUGACCUUGAUACACUUAUGGAAGUGAUUGAUAAUUUCAAUGCUGAAGUAAGUAAUAUACAUGUAGCUGGUAUAAUAUGGACAUCGAUACUCAAUAUAACUAAUUGUAGAAGGGUUUUGCCAGAGAGCCAGCUUUUCGUUACAUUUUUCACAAUUAAUGCUCCUAGUUAGGUUUAAUAAAUAUAUAAAAUUCACACUGGACAUUUCUAUUAACAAAACUGCUGGAAAUAUGGCCCUUAUAAUGUAUUUUGUUAGCUUAUCCAGAAUGGUAUAACUAGUACAAAAUAAAAGGCCCGGGGAACGACGUUGGGUAACUGCCUGGGUUUUCAGAGAUCAAAUUUAGUUUUGUUUAAGGCUGAAAUAUGGCUGCAUGAAUGCUUAAUUUAUAUCUAUAUAAUUCUCAUAUAGCUUCAUGCCAAAGCUCAAUUUUAGAACUGCCCGUUCUAAGUUUUACAACUACUCAUUUUACAUUUAUAAUUGCCCAUUUUAGCUAGGAAAUGGGAGGCCUUAGGAUGUCCUAUAUUUUGAAGAUACUUCUGAAAUGUUUCGUUACAGUUAGCGAAAAUAAAUGGUGGCGAAGGAGUUCCACUACUGGCUGAAAUUAGAGAGUUGAGUUUCUUGCGAGACAACGCAGCAAAUGAGAAAUUUAAAUUUCUUAAAAACAGUAUGCUUACCCAGCAAAUGGACGUUCUCGCGUCCAUGUUCCACGAUUUGAAGGUCACAUCCGAUGCGCUAACCGAUGCCGUGGAAGACGUCGAAAUGACCGUUGCACAAGAGGAAAAAUACGGCGGAUUCAACUACAGGCUAUCCAAAAUUUCAGAUAGCUUCUACAAGGCCAUUCAGAAUCUUGACUUGAACGCAUUGUCAAAGACUGGCAGUGCAACCCAGUUCAGCGAAGCGAUUAAUGCUUACAAAGAGAAGAAGGAAGCAUUUCUGCCUGGCAAGUUUUUGAGAGAAUUUCAGAAGUUUAAGAAAGAGAAUCCUAUUGUAAGUUUAUAUGCCAUAUAUAUAUAUAUAUAUAUAUAUAUAUAUAUAUAUACACUGUAUAAGAAAAUGUUACUAUAUGUAUAGGAAAUUGGAGCAGUUCCCUUUAUGUUUUGAUGUUUUCCUUCAGUAUAUCUAGUAUUUUAUGUUCGUUUUAUUUCUUAAAGGGUGAUCCUGUACUUAAUGGUAUCCGCACCAAACUGGUAGAUUUAAGAGAAAAAGUUGGAACUUUAGACCUAAGGUUUUCAGGUAUAAUAAUAACUUUUUUAUUUGAACAUAUUUGGAAUUGUUUUCCCCAAGAGCUGAAGCUCAUCAAGGAAGAUCGUGAGAGGUUAAAAUUACUGUAGAGUACUGCAGACAAUUUAAAUAAAAAUGACACACAAAUAAAAGAAGAUAAUAAAGAAAAAUAUAACAAUAAUAGAUGGUUAUGUUAGAGCUUAACAACAAAAUCAUGAAUUAUGUACACAGUUGGUAAAUCGUCUUGAAUUCAAUCUAAACAAUUGGACGUUAUGCAGUAACGUCUGCAUAUCCAAGUUUAUCUGAGCCAUGCAAAAAUAGGUGUACUUUCUGAUUUUCUAAUAAGCUCGACGGUUCGACCAUUUACUUGGGAGAAGCCGUGCAGAUGUAGAGAACAAUUUUUGACGUUGAGCAGCUAGCAUAUAGCGCACAGUGUAAAACGUAAUGACUCAAGGUUUCAAUAAUUCCCCAGUGGCAAUAACUUACUACUUAACUUACAUAUGUUAUUGUUCAACUGCAAUUUAUUGCAAUAACGCAUAACGCGCCAGCAGUGGACACUCCGAAUUGAUUGGCUUGUUGUGUUUCACCUUCCCAUGGUGCAGCAGGACCUGUGGAGGAGGCAGAGGACUGUUUGUUAACGAUAGUAUUCUUCGUUCUUAUAGGAGAAGAAUCGGCAAUCGUAUUUCCCCAAACGGGUGAUGCUGCUUACUUGAUCACGAAAGGAGCUCCAGAAAUGAGCAAUAUAAUGGUUUGUUUUUCUUCGAGGUCGCUGACGGAAAAAACACCACAAACGUACUUCUCGUACUCAGUACCGUCGUCCAACCAUGCAUUCAAAGCUGCCAGUGAUGCAGACGGGAGAAUGAUGGUAUUCUGGGGAACAUCACAGGUGUAAGUGAUUUUGACUGGAAUUCGCAAAAUAUUUCACUGCAGCGGAAGUUUAAAAGUUGGUUUACAGUAUCAAAGUUUCUGUGAUCACAGUAGGAAUUUUGCAGAGGUAAAUUCUAAGUUUUGAAGGAUUUGCAAGAAAUGUUUGGUGGAGCUGGCUUAAUGUCAAACACUGAGACAUUUCCCUGAAACAUUUCUUACAAAUCCUUCAAAAUUUACCUAGUAUGCAAAAUUCCUAUUGUGCAUGAUCACAGGAACUUAACGAUGCUUGGUAAAUAUUAUAUUGCAUGUACAUCACAUAUGGAAACCAUUCUGGUCGACGCUAAAAUGAAUUGACAGCCUGCCCCGAUUCUACUUGAUGAAAGUACUUCUUUCAUUAUAAUUAUAGCUCGUUGAAUAAAUCCAAUAAAGAUUUCUAUAUUCAGUCCUAGUUUUGAAAUCAAUGAUAAAUUCAUUUCUCAGAAAAUUUGGGACGUCUAGAAAGUUGAUUGCAGACGACAGAGAAUGGCAUUCGUGGUGUUUUUACUGGGAUGACUCAGGAACGACAAUUGUAUACAGGGACGCCGAUUUGGUUGGCGAGAAGGAUGGUAAUGAUACACAGAUUAAGUAACGACAGAUGUGUAACUUCAGUAAAAAAGUUGUCCCAUGGUCGCCAUCUUCCUAGUCACAGAGUAGAGACAUACAGAGACGUAACUAGUGUACCCACUUUUUUGUGCGCUAUGCUCGGCAAGUUACUAGAUGCAUGCAUCUGAUUGGAUGACGACCUGAUGACGACUAACUUUAAACUUGCUGAGCACGCGCAGUUGAUCAUUUUUCGCCCGGUCGCCUGAAAAAAGUGGGUACAUGAUAACGUAAUCUUCCGCAGUGUUUACAACAGUCAGUUACGUCUCUGUAUGUCUCUACUCUGUCCCCUAGUCCUAGCAAGUAUCGCUCGCGUGAUUAUUCGUCUUUUGGUAUUGCGUCAUUGGCAUCACUUUCAAAAAAGCUUUUAACACUUUUUCUACAACUUUAAUUGCUUUCAACAACUAUGGCAGGAUUAUGGCACAGAAUAGAUACCGGACCAGAAGUGUCACUGCUAUAUGUUUUGACUGAAGGAAAACGUCCGAAAUUUUUUUACGUGCAAUGACGCCAUCCUGGAGUGCACCCGGCACUUUGUACCUAUGUUUUCCUAUGAAAAACUUCCGUGUGCACUCCAGGAUGGCGUCAUAUGAUGGCGUAUUUUCACGUCAGCACUCGUAAAAUUUCGGACAAAAUAUCGUCUGAGUGACACUUCUGGUCCUCUAUCUAUUCUGUGACCAUGGCGUCAGCAUGUUGAUGAUGAAUCAUGGCGUGGCAGCGGUUACUCGAGUCAACCUUCUGUGUGCCUUAUUCUCUAUCUAUUCUGUGUUGCUAGCAAGUGUCAUGGCGUGAGCAUGACGUGUACAUCUGGGGACAUUUGAGAACACGAAGUCCUAUUAAAUUAUACAUCUGGGGCCGGUUGUACGAAGGCCGGAUAGCGCUAUCCAAACUUUGUUAAAUCAGUUGUUGAUUGGUAUAACUCGUAUUAAAGUUUAGUAUUUAUAAGUUAAAUGUUUUUUAUACUUCUUGUGUCGUCUGUAUCCGUAGUUUCACAGUUUUUCAAGUAUUUUACAAAGGUUGAAAAAAUCACUAUCCGGUGGAUAGCAACCGGCCUCUGGUAUAUUACUUUAUCUGUACCCUAUCCAUUUUUAUUUUAAACUAUCGAUUGUUUACUUACCAGGUAUUGCUGUUGGUAAAAAAGUUCCUGCUGGAGGAACAUGGGUCGUUGGAAACGAAAAGGUUAAUGAGGCCAAAACUGUUUUAACUCCAUUCAAAGGAGAGAUAACUAAUGUGAAUGUCUACGGCAAUUUUGACAAGAACGAGUUUCAAAAAGACGCCGUGGCCUAUCGAGUGACCUCAAGUACAUGCAGACCAUCGAUCUACAAAAAUAUUAUAAAGUCAUGGAAUGACUUCAAAAUUGGCUUCGCUGGAGAUUUGAAAGUGCUCAGUAAAAAUUUCUGCACAUGAUAUGUAGUAGUACACUGCCAACUCUAAAACCCUCAGUAAAUUAUAACGAUAUUGCUAAAUUACUAGCUUAAAUUAAGUAAUGUUAUACACAUUUGAGAACAUGUAAACAAUAUUAUUCAAGUUGUUUUUUUUUCAUUUAUUAAAAAGGCAGUACUAAAAUACAA